AUGAAUACGUCUCUCUUUUUUAAUUCGUCAGUUGCAUUUAUUGAUUUACCUGUUUUAUCAGUUCUUUCCUCGUCAACUCCUCCAGCAUUCACUCAAAAGCAAGUUACACCUACAGAUACCCUUCCAGAAAUGUUCUCCGGAGCAAAACCAAGAGUAUAUAAAACAUAUGAAACCAACACCAAAACAACAGUCAAUUUUGAACGAAUUUCGUAUAAAAUUUUACCUGAUAAUUAUUUUAUGUCGGCUUCACAGACAUUUAAUUUAUCAUGUUCUCAUCAAAAUCCAAGUGAUGUACAUUGGUCAGGCCGUGCUCAACAAACUUAUGUGCUCGAUGUUCAUGGAUAUCGAUCCAUAGAUGAUGUACCUAUCAGAAGUGGUGCUCAAGAAUUGUAUCCAAAUAUAGAUCUAUCAACGAGACCCUACUUUAUUCUCUUGACGGAAUCGGAUGUUCGUUCCGAUCGAGAGUAUUUCUAUGCUAAUUUUAAACGUCAACUGUUUAGACCAAGUUCUUCCAUGAAUAAACCAUCGGAAGAGUUCAUUUUCACAGGAAAACAUAAGAGAUUAUUUCAAUAA